CCUGCGCAGGACCCCGCGAGCGGCGGCGCGCGCACCCUGCAGAGCCCCGGCCGCGCCGAGCUGCCGCCAGACAUGACCGUGGUGCCCGGGGACCACCUGCUGGAGCCAGAGGCGGCGGGUGGCGGUGGGGACCCGCCUCAGGGAGGUUGUGGCGGCGGUGGCGGUGGCUGCGACCGCUACGAGCCGCUGCCGCCCGCGCUGCCCGCCGCGGGCGAGCAGGACUGCUGCGGGGAGCGCGUGGUCAUCAACAUCUCGGGGCUGCGCUUCGAGACGCAGCUCAAGACCCUCUGCCAGUUCCCCGAGACGCUGCUGGGCGACCCCAAGCGGCGCAUGCGGUACUUUGACCCGCUCCGCAAUGAGUACUUCUUCGACCGCAACCGACCCAGCUUCGACGCCAUCCUCUACUACUACCAGUCCGGGGGCCGCAUCCGCCGGCCGGUCAACGUGCCCAUCGAUAUCUUCUCCGAGGAGAUCCGCUUCUACCAGCUGGGCGAAGAGGCCAUGGAGAAGUUCCGUGAGGAUGAGGGCUUCCUGCGGGAGGAGGAGCGGCCCCUGCCCCGCCGAGACUUCCAGCGCCAGGUGUGGCUGCUCUUCGAAUACCCCGAGAGCUCGGGACCGGCCCGGGGCAUUGCCAUCGUGUCGGUGCUGGUCAUCCUCAUCUCCAUUGUCAUCUUCUGCCUGGAGACCCUGCCCGAGUUCCGCGACGAGAAAGACUACCCCGCCUCCCCGCCCCAGGACGUGUUCGAGGCCACCAACAACAGCACGUCGGGGGUAGCCUCUGGGGCCUCCAGCUUUUCGGACCCCUUCUUUGUGGUGGAAACCCUGUGCAUCAUCUGGUUCUCCUUUGAGCUGCUGGUGCGGUUCUUCGCUUGCCCCAGUAAAGCCACCUUCUCCAGAAAUAUCAUGAACCUGAUAGACGUUGUAGCCAUCAUCCCUUACUUCAUCACCCUGGGCACUGAGCUGGCUGAGCGACAGGGUAAUGGGCAGCAAGCCAUGUCUCUGGCCAUCCUGAGGGUCAUCCGCCUAGUAAGGGUCUUCCGCAUCUUCAAGCUCUCCCGCCACUCUAAGGGGCUGCAGAUCCUGGGGCAGACACUGAAGGCUUCCAUGCGAGAGUUGGGGCUGCUCAUCUUCUUCCUCUUUAUAGGGGUCAUCCUCUUCUCCAGUGCCGUCUACUUUGCUGAGGCAGACGACCCUUCUUCGGGUUUUAACAGUAUCCCGGAUGCCUUCUGGUGGGCAGUGGUAACCAUGACAACUGUCGGUUACGGUGAUAUGCACCCAGUGACCAUAGGAGGCAAGAUUGUGGGCUCUCUUUGUGCCAUCGCAGGUGUCUUGACCAUCGCACUGCCAGUCCCUGUCAUUGUCUCCAACUUCAAUUACUUCUACCACCGGGAGACCGAAGGGGAAGAGCAAGCCCAGUACAUGCACGUGGGAAGUUGCCAGCACCUCUCCUCGUCAGCUGAGGAGCUCCGAAAAGCCCGGAGUAACUCCACCCUGAGUCCCUCAAGAGCCCCACAUAAGGAACUGCAGAGUGGCCUUGACCAGAAGGAUGCUCAGUUUUAAACUGCUUGGAUGAGAGUGCGGUGAAAGUUACACGUCCUCAUCUGAGUUAGUAUUCAGAGACACAUCACUAACAAAUGCCUCAUGUGAAGAAAGGACUCAAAGCGGCGGGCGGGUACUCUUCAUAUUAUAAGUGGUACGAAUGAUACUGAGCAGGAGAGAAAGAGGAACAUUAAAAAUUUUUUAAUUAAAAAAUGUUAAGGUAUCAUUUCAAACUGUUGACAUUCUGGUGGAGUCAAAGCAUCCAAAAACUACAAUCAGUGUCACAGAUAAAGAUAACCUCAUAUGUGUUUCUAACAAGCCAACUGUUGUUGUUGGCUUUUUUUUUUCCAUUUAAGUAUUGGGCUAUAUUUAAUUGUGGAACAUGUUCCUAUAGUCUAUUUUCUGGGUUAGGUUUAACUUUAUCUGUGAGUGUGUGAUUAUACCAAAGGCUUCCAUUGGUAGGCUAGCCCAUUCACACAAAUAAGUGAAAGUAACACUGUGCCCAGAUGAAUGGUAUUAAAGACAGACUUGCCUAAAAGAAAUGUGCCUUGCUUGAUGAAACAUUCUUUUAUUUUUUAAUUCAAAGUGAUAGAUUAACAAAUUAGAUUUUAGGUAGGUUUUAGUUUACCUUAAUUUUACAAAAAUGUAUUAAUACUUAUUCUAUGUUUAAUUUGUCUGUGUUAACUAAAAUUACAAUAUUUAGUUAUACUUAGACAAUUCAUAUAUAUCAAGUUCUAUUUUAUUUUCAUGGGAUGUUUGGUUGGUGAGAUUAAGUACAUCCUUAGAGAUAUAUAUAAUAUCUCAUCUGAUGUUUAUAACUUUUCCUUCAAAAUUAUAUGUGUAAAAUAUUCUUUGACUCAUUUUCUAUUUUUAUAUUCUUUUAGAAAUGGAACUCUUUUUCAAUUAAGAAAGGACAAAUUUUUAGUUGGAAAAGAGACUUGGGAGGUCCUAAAGAUGGCAUCCCAUUUGGGAACAUUUAACUUCUGUGCCAUUAUUGUAUUUACUGUGACAUCUCAGCAGAAUGGUAGCUAUUUGUAUAUUAUUUCAUAAGCCUUAUGGAAAGUCAAACUGUGAACAUUUAGUAUGUACACUACUUUAUUCAUUUCCAUAGUUUAUUGUCAAAAUACACCUGAACAAGUGGAUAAAAACUGAUGAGUACUUUUAGAAGUUUAAUUACUAUAAAAAAAUUAUCAGUUUCAAAGCCAGGAAUAUAAAUUUUAUGAUGACCUAAAAAAUUCAAGUGAUGAAUUUCAUUAGUCUAUAAGAAUCUUAACUAAGCAGCCAAUUACCUAGUAGCCCCCAAAUAGGUAGAAAUACAAUCCAGGUAAUUUUCUUUGAGGCAAUGUCUAAAAUGAAUUUUUAAUAAUCCCCUGGUAAUUUCUUCAUAGUCAAAACAUGGAGACCACACCACUGUCAUUUUAGUGACGAUAAAGGGAUGACAACUAUCUUUGAUUUGAGUGAUAUGAGUCUCCAAUAGAGAUGGUUGUGACUAAAGUUAAAAUAUAGCCACCACCUUGCUUUUGUUAGUGUUCACUCAUGUGGUAGAGAUACCGGAACAGGGACUAGUGAGCCCAUUGCAAUUAUCUGACUCCUCAUAACUAGAGUCACAGCCCCGUUAGCAGUAAAGCAAUCCUUGUGGAUGAAAUCAAAACAGGGGUUCUUAAACGUUCAGAUGCUUUUGUAAGGAUCAGUAGGUGUUGCAAAAUUAUGCAAGAACUACCUUCAUAAAAUGACCCAAUUUUAAGCAAUGUAAUAUAUGUAAUAGUUUAUCUGUUUCAUGAUUAUAGGCUACAGUUCAAAUAAAGACAAAACCUGGACUUUUACACCUCCCCCCAACACACACACCAAAGAAAAGCAGAACAGUAUCAGAUGUAUAACAUACCAAAACAUUUAUAUGAUGAAUGAUAAAUAUAGCAUGAGCUUAAAUAACAGGAUACUGGCUUUCUUACCCACUGCCUACCUCUGGGACCCUAGGUAAGUCAUUAUCUUUGGUAGGCUUUGGUUUCUUGAACUGCAGAGUGGGCAUUCCAGGUUCAGCAAAAUCAAAAGCCCUUUCCAGCUAUCAAAUCCUGUUAUACACAUUUCUUUAAAAAUGCUUUGAAGAAUACUUACAUGCUAAGAUUUUUAUGCAUUUCUAAAGAAUAAAUUGAAAUGGGAUUUAAGCCUUGAAAGCGUCAUGAAUAUAUCUCCUUCUUUAAAUUGUGAGAAGAGGAAAUAGGAUUCCUUCUUCUUUAAGAUCUUUCACUCAUCUAUAAUAGGAUCAUGAAAAAUGAGGGGGGCAUCCCAAAGGGAAGCAGAUUAAUGAAAUAGCUAACAAGAUGGGGCAGGUAUUGGUAACAUUAAUUGGAUGUUAAGGUGAUUUGCAAAGUGUGCAUGAAAUGCCAAAAUGGUCCCAGGAACUUUAUUGCACAUUAUGAGACUAAAGGUAGGAAAAGGGGUGGGAAAAGACUGGAGAACAGAAGUGUUUGCCUUAUUAUCUCUUUAUUCUUUUUACACAUGGGAGCUUAGAUGGAGAUCUGCAUUGCAAUGCUGGAUCUGCCAAUCACCCAUUUGCCCCAGGAAAGUCCCUUUAACUUCUCAAUACUCCAGUGUCUUAAUCUGUAAAGUGAAGAGUUUAAAUUCGAAUUUAGUAAUCUGAGUAUUUCUUUUCAGCUUUUAACAUUGCAUAGCAUUUUAGAUUCUUAACAUACGUGCAUACUUACAUAUGUGCAUUGAUCCUCCAUCAGUCACUACAAUGUCACAUAGUUCUCAAGUAACUGAAUAGAUUAUGAACUCAAACAUUUAUAUUCUUAAUAUUACUACUUGACCUUGACAAGACCUAAAAAACUUAGACCUCAUUCUCCUUCGUAUAUGGCUGAAUUAUUAAAAUGUGUCAUUUCAUCAUUUAAUGUUGAGUUCAUUACCUAAACAAAUGUCUUCUCAAGUUACUCUCCAUUACUUGUUGUAAUUUAAUAAUCAGAUAUAUUGGCAUACCAAUGACCUAUAGCUGACUGUAAGAUACAAUUUUGUCACAUUUAAAAGUUAAUGCCCUUUUGGUCCCAGAAGCUAUAACUAUCAUAUAAAAGAAUAUUAAUAAAAUUUUGUGAAUUUUUUAAUACAAAGGAGGCCCAAUGGAGCCGUACUGUAAUUAGUUUUGCUCAGGAGUGAGGAAAACAUUCAGGGAUACCCAAACACUUCUGUUUGGCAUUAGUGGAUAACUGGGGAAGAAGGGUUGUAUCUUUUGCACAACAAAGAUAAUAAGUGACGAUACCCAUUAAGAAUGGUAGUAUUUUCUGGUGUCUGGCUUUAGUAUAGGAAGAGAUAUGUUAAAAGAAUGCCGGAAUCCGGACACUAGAAAGUUAUUAAAGUGGUAGGGGUCCAUCGAAUAACAGAAAUAUUUUGUCAUACUGAGAUUAUUUGUCCAGAAAGUUAGUCUUAUAUCCCUUCCAUUCAGAAAAGGGGGCAGCUUUCAAAUGCCUCUGUCAUAAUAGGAAAUGUAUAUUUUGACUAGUGAAGCAAUUAGCUGAAGCAUUUAAUCUGAUAAUUUUAGUUUUGUGAAUCUGAAUUUUCAUCUUAGGUGUAAUUUAGUCUCUUGCACAUGUGAUAGUGUCUGUGAUUGUGAGGAAUGACUUCACCAGUUUCGUUUUUCUUUGAAGUUGAUAACAUGUGCUGAGUGGUGAUUCCAGCAUACUGUGUUAAUACUGUAUCCUACAACCAUUUGUGAACUGACCACACUAAACAAACCAUAGUGUUUCUUUUCUGGUAAAUUGUUUCUAUGGUGUGAUUAUUUCAUGCUGGGGUUGGGGGGUGGGGGAGGUUAAGUAUUUAGUUUACUUGAAAUGUCUAAGUGUUUUUCUUAAAUGCCAUAAAAUUGUGUGACAAUAAACCAAAUAGGAAUAUCCUCUUUUUCAACUGUGAUAGAACUUUAUAGACUACUUUGGGGACCACCCCAUAAAUGCUGUCAUUUGUGUUUUUAAAAAGCUUAUGUAUUAUAUAUGUAACAUACAAUAUAUACCACAUACAAAGGAAAGCAAACA